AACACAAAAAUUGACCGAAAUAUUUCUGAUGAAUUUUGCGUAUUGCACUUAAAUCGCAUUAUCACAUUCAGUCGUGUAGGUGUGCGUUAGUUUUUUAAUAUUCCUUUCGAGCACUUUGGAACAAACAAACUUUCGUCUAUAGUCAUAACACUGGCCGUCUCUUUCUGGCCAUUGGCAACACAUACUCUUGCUUUGCGGUGCAGAAGCAGGACAGGAUUUGCCUCUUUCGGACCCAGCCUCCACAUGUGACGCCAGCUGAUAAGAUGGUACCCUGGUGGGUGUGACCGUGCUUAGGCUUGUCGACAUUUUGCUAAACAACCGUACGCCUACACCCCGUCACCCGCGAUAUGGCUGUGUGUGUAGGCUCGCACUGCCGAAGCGGAAACGUGCGGGUAGUUAACGGAAAUGUGAAUCGCUUAUUGUAUCGGAAUGAAACAAUUCUAUUGGACGAGUGUGCUACCAGCAACUUGUUUGGCCAGCUUGAAUUCAAAUGGAAUGCAACAUGUGUGUAUUUGCUGGAGGGGUGUGAGGCCGGGCGCCUUCUGGAGAGGCGGUGAGCGCGGCAACCGCUGCACCGUUUACAAACAGCAUCUCACGGGAAGGAACAACAUUCAGUUCCAGAACAGGAGUUCCUUGUAGACAGUUCAGGACGGAACCAUACCACUAUGUGCUGCUGGAGCGUUUGCAUUUGGCCCUUCUUUAUUUUUAGAUUCCGUUGCCGCGAUAUGCUUUAACAUUACAAGGCAGCUGCAAAACUGCACUGCGCCGCAAAUAGCUUUUAUCUUCCGCCAACUACCCUUACACGAGUGCGAGUGGGAUAACUGGUGUGCUUUAGACAUCGACCAAUCAUAAGGCUAGCCUAUCCCAAGUGGUGGUGAGUGGACCAGCCAUGCUGGUUCUCGCCAAUCGCAGGGGGUUUACUGCCUUGAACGCAGGGGGGUGCUGGCAAGUCGAGUGUCGGCCUAGUCGGUUUCUGGAACGGAUCCGGACAGGCAGGUCGUGACAUUAUUAUUUCGUUUUGCGCUUCAUAGGUAAAUACUGUUCCGCCGCCGUGUCGGGAAGUUUAAGAAAGGUUGUUCGAGUCACUUUCAGCCGUGCGUAUAAAUCUUUAUAACACAUAAAAUUUACCGGCCACGUUGGCAAUCGUUACACCCAGAAAUAACAAGUGUUACAUGCGGUCCCCAUGGCGCGAUCAACAAUAGGUUUUUGAUCCCUGCAGGACGUCAUUCCCAACGUCACCAUCUGCGCAAAUUUACUGUUAACUCUGGGCUCGUUCUGCAAGAGUUCUCGCGGCGUGCGGCUGAACACCGCAGUUUUUUGGAUAAAGCUUUCAUGAGCAAAGUAAAAAUUGUUUGCGAUUAGCAGUGCACGUAAUACGAACUGAGAUCCACGCUUAAACUAUGUUUACAUUGCAACCGACACCGACUGCUAUAGGAACCGUGGUUCCUCCAUGGUCAGCUGGAACAUUAAUAGAGCGUUUGCCGUCUUUAGAAGACAUGGCUCAUAAGGACAAUGUGAUUGCAAUGAGAAAUUUACCAUGUUUGGGUACCGCUGGUGGUAGCGGACUAGGCGGUAUUGCUGGGAAACCUUCCCCUACUAUGGAAGCCGUGGAAGCCAGCACAGCGGCACAGCCCCAUUCGACAUCCUCGUACUUCGCCACAACUUACUACCAUUUAACUGAUGAUGAAUGUCACAGUGGAGUAAAUCAGCUGGGCGGCGUUUUUGUUGGAGGAAGGCCUUUGCCAGAUUCAACACGGCAAAAAAUUGUCGAGCUGGCACAUUCUGGAGCUCGUCCAUGUGAUAUUUCCCGAAUUCUACAAGUUUCAAAUGGAUGUGUGAGCAAAAUUCUCGGGAGGUACUAUGAAACAGGAAGCAUACGUCCCCGUGCUAUCGGAGGAUCCAAGCCACGUGUGGCCACAGCCGAAGUUGUUAGCAAAAUUUCGCAGUACAAGCGCGAGUGUCCUAGCAUAUUCGCUUGGGAAAUUCGGGAUAGAUUACUUCAGGAGAACGUUUGUACUAACGAUAAUAUUCCAAGUGUGUCUUCAAUAAACCGUGUAUUGAGAAACUUGGCAGCGCAAAAGGAGCAGCAGAGCACGGGUAGCUGUAGCACAGGCGCCGGCAACUCGAUUAGCGUAAAAGUGGGCGUCAGCAGCGGUGGAAACGUGAGCAACGGUGCAAGCGGAUCGAGAGGCACGUUAAGCUCUUCCACCGAUCUUAUGCAGACAGCCACACCACUUAACUCUUCGGAAAGCGGUGGAGCAAGCAACUCCGGGGAGGGGAGUGAUCAGGAUGCAAUAUAUGAAAAGCUCCGGCUCCUAAAUACCCAGCACGCUGCGGGACCAGGACCAUUAGAGCCCGCCCUAGCAGUGCCCUUGGGUCAAGCACCCAACCACCUAGUAAACCACUCCAGCCACCCCCUUACCCAGCUGGUGCACGGUAACCAUCAGGCACUCCAGCAGCAGCAACAACAGAGCUGGCCGCCCCGUCACUAUACCGGAUCUUGGUAUCCCACCUCUCUGAGCGAAAUACCAAUCUCAUCGGCACCCAAUAUCGCAUCUGUUGCGUCGUAUGCAUCAGGACCUUCGCUCACUCAAUCACUGAGUCCACAGAACGACAUCGAAAGCCUGGCCAGUAUCGAUCACCAGAGGAACUGCUCCGUUGCCACGGAGGACUUACAUUUAAAAAAAGAACUUGAUGGCCAUCAGUCAGAUGAAACGGGCUCCGGUGAAGGUGAAAACUCCAAUGGUGGCGCUUCAAAUAUAGGAAAUAAUGAGGAUGAUCAAGCUCGCCUCAUACUUAAAAGAAAGUUGCAACGCAAUCGAACAUCUUUUACGAACGACCAGAUAGAUAGUCUUGAAAAAGAGUUUGAGCGAACACACUAUCCAGAUGUUUUUGCGCGCGAACGUUUGGCUGGUAAGAUUGGUUUGCCAGAGGCAAGAAUUCAGGUUUGGUUCUCUAACCGUCGGGCAAAAUGGCGCCGUGAGGAGAAGCUCCGAAACCAGCGAAGGACGCCAAAUUCCACAGGAGCUAGUGGAACUUCGUCCUCAACAUCGGCAUCUGCAUCUUUGACUGACAGCCCUAACAGCCUAAGUGCUGGUUCCUCUUUGCUGCCGGGAUCAGCUGUGGGUCCUUUAGUCAGUACCAUUAAUGGUUUAUCGUCUCCAAACAACACCUUGUCUACUAAUAGUAAUGCUCCCACGCUUGGUGCUCGGAUUGAUGGCUCUGGAAGUCCUACAUUAGUCCCGCACAUUCGAACCGGCUGCACCUCUGACACUGCCAGUGGUCGUCACAGUGAAGAUUGCAGAAGAGUUUGUUCUCCAUGCCCGCUUGGCAUUGGCGGCCAUCAAAGUACCCAUCAUAUACAGAGCACUGGCCACAUUCAAGCACAUGCACUUGUUCCUGCUAUUUCGCCACGACUUAAUUUUAAUAGUGGUAGCUUCGGGGCGAUGUACUCCAACAUUCAUCAUACGGCGUUAUCUAUGAGCGAUUCCUAUGGUGCGGUUACGCCAAUUCCAAGCUUCAGCCAUUCAUCCGUCGGUCCGCUGGCUCCGCCAUCGCCAAUACCGCAACAGGGCAAUCUAACGCCUCCCUCGUUAUAUCCGUGCCACAUGGCACUACGACCGCCUCCUAUGGCUCCCACUCACCAACACAUCGUCACGGGUGACGGAAGCAGCCCUGCUGGCGGCGGCCUAGCCAGUGCCCAAUCUGGGAAUUCGGGAGCAAACUGCAGCGGAUCGGGAUACGAAGUGCUAUCCGCCUACGCAUUGCCGCCGCCCCCUAUGACCCCGAGCUCUGCUGCUGUUUCAAACUUCUCAGCCGCCUCCAGUACCAGCGCCAAUGUUACCCCCCAUCACACUGCAUCCCAGGAACCAUGCCCCUCCCCUUGUUCCAGCGCGAGCCACUUGGGAGUUGCCCACAGUUCUGGGUUCGCAUCCGACCCGAUUUCACCUGCUGUAAAUUCGUAUGCACAUAUGAGCUACAAUUACGCGUCGUCCGGCAACAACAUGGCGCCCUCCUCCACCGGGGGUUCAGCAGCGCACGUGGCCCCAGGAAAACAACAGUUCUUUGCCUCCUGUUUUUACUCACCGUGGGUCUAAAAACAGUCUGGAGAUUCAGUGAGAAGCACUGUAAAGGGAACUAUUUAUAUAGUUCAGCUCUUUCUUAAAGAGAUGACCGAAAUCGAAUUUACAUAUCUCUUGAAAAAUAAUGGAGGUUGUAGAAAAAUGCAUAUGUAUAAAUUAUAUAGUUCCGCCCAUUAAAUCCGA